GAUGACUCCCGCACAAACUCUCCUGCGGGACCCCAGGACCGACCCUCCUUAGGGUGGGAGGAGAGACUGGGAAGUUCUUGUAGACUUUGCUUCCUGCACUCUGGGAGCGAUGGUGAUCUUCCCCGGACCGCACACCUCAGUUCGAUUCACUCUGAUUGCAGCUCAAAGGCACUGUGCAGAGCCCCUCCUAUUUUCGUCUAAGCCCUAUCCUCUGGGAAAAUAGCAGCCCAUUCUAAAAUCUACCCUGCUAGGAGGCGGUUUGAAGUUAGGAGCAGAAGAAACUCUUAAAUUCUGGAAAUAGCGACUCAGUAUCAUGGCCGGCCGCCUUAAUGAAGAUCCAGAAGGAAGUCGAAUCACUUAUGUGAAAGGAGAUCUUUUCGAAUGUUCCAAAACAGACUCUUUAGCCCAUUGUAUCAGUGAGGAUUGUCGAAUGGGUGCUGGAAUAGCUGUUCUCUUCAAGAAGAAGUUUGGAGGGGUACAGGAACUGUUAAAUCAACGUGAGUUUUGAGAGUAGCCUAUUUCAUCCUUGCUGAAGCAUGGUUUGGUCUCCUAGUACACUCUGUUUACAUGUGUAUUCAAAGAGAUUUCUAACUAGUGCUUUUAACUUUUCAGGGUUUUUUUUGUUUUGUUUUGUUUUAAUUUCCUCACAAGAAUAGCCUCUGGUUUGG